AUGAUUCCGGGUGAUACAUGCCAAUCCAAAACCAGAAGAAGGGCAGUUGAUGCCAUAGAAUCUGCAGAAGAAGAUGUUACAUUGACAUUCAUCAAUGAUUGUACUAAAAUUCUACCACAAAACCACCACCACCACCACCACGAGAAGUCUUCGUUGGGAGGCUGCACCAGGAGAAGAAUUAAAUCCCUGCUGAGAUGUUUUAGGCCGGGACGCAACCUCAGCGGCUGGAUUUUAGGAGCUUUGAUAUUGAUGGCAGUUUCAACCAUUUUUGUGAAGGCCAUUUUAAUGACUAGCUUUCUUAGAGUCACCGGUAAUACGAAUACCGGUGAUUUUUUGCAUCGACGUUCAAAUCCUUUGGUGGCAUCGAGCGUUCUAUUGGAAACUUCAAUCGAAUAUGAGGGGGACUACGAUAAGGAUAAUCAACAGGCUGUACAGCGGAAUACCCUUUAUGAAUCUAGCACGUCAACGUCGGUUUUGACUCUCUCAGGAAGCAAACCUGCCCCAAACGGUUAUAUUCUAGUUCGUGCUAAUGGUGGACUAAAUCAAAUGAAAACUGGGAUAAGUGAUAUGGUGGCCAUUGCACAAUUGAUGAAUGCUGCUUUGGUUCUACCUUCAUUAGAUCACAAGUCAUUCUGGACAGAUCCUAGUGAUUUUAAAGAUAUUUUUGACUGGAAGCACUUCAUGAAUGCUCUGGAGGAUGAUAUACAACCCAGUUAUUAUAAAGGAGAGAUGUUGAAGAUGUUAAAGUGGCAUAAAGUGAUACAAUUUACGCACACUGAUUCACGCCUUGCUAACAAUGGCAUUCCAGAUCCAAUUCAGAGACUUCGAUGUCAUGCAAUGUAUGAAGCACUUCAAUUCUCAGAAGAUAUUGAACUACUUGGAAACAAGUUCGUUUCCAGGCUAAAGGAGAAUGGUGGUCGAUAUAUAGCUCUCCAUUUGAGGUAUGAAAAGGACAUGCUAGCUUUCACUGGUUGCAAUCAUAACCUUACUAGAAAGGAGGCUGAGGAGCUCAGAAAAUUAAGACACAAAGUUAGGCACUGGAAAGAGAAGCGCAUAAAUGGCACAGAGAGAAGGCUCCAAGGCAGGUGUCCAAUGACUCCUCGGGAGGCAGCAGUAUUACUGGAAGCACUGGGAUACCCAUCUACCACUAAAAUUUACAUAGUUGCAGGGGAAAUUUAUGGCCAACAUGGCCUAAAUGCACUCCGUGAAAAGUAUCCUAACGUGUAUUAUCAUUCUAAUAUAGCAUUGGAGGAAGAAAUACAACCAUUCAGCCAACUGCAAAAUCAGCUUGCUGCCUUGGAUUAUAUUGUAGCCCUUAAAAGUGAUGUUUUUGUUUAUACCUAUGAUGGAAACAUGGCUAAGGCAGUGAGAGGUCAUCGAAUUUAUGAAGGCUACCGGAAAACCAUUGAUCCUGACAAACAAAAUAUUGUGAGACUGAUUGAUGAAAUGGACAAGGGUAAUUUACCUUGGGAAGAGUUUUCAUCAAAAGUCAGGUGCUUACAUGAGAAGAGGAUUGGAGCGCCACAUUCCAGGCUAGUGGGAGGUUCUCCAAAACUUGAGGAAAGCUUUUAUGCAAAUCCUUUCCCUGGUUGCAUAUGCCAAAAAUCGAGAAGGUGA